UGUGUGGAUGAGUGAAUGUGUGUGUGAGUGUGUGUGUGUGUGACAGAUGAAAUAAAGAGGAGCGCGGAGCUGAAAUCCACGCACUCAGUACAGGAUGUUUCCUAAAGGAAAAGCCUCGGUGGUUCCGUCCGACGGUCAGGCGCGAGAGAAGUUAGCUCUGUAUGUUUAUGAGUAUUUGCUCCACAUUGGUGCUCAGAAGUCGGCUCAGACCUUCCUGUCAGAGAUUCGAUGGGAGAAGAACAUCACUCUUGGAGAUCCUCCUGGGUUCCUGCACUCCUGGUGGUGUGUAUUCUGGGAUCUGUACUGUGCUGCACCUGAACGUAGGGACUCAUGUGAGCAUUCGAGUGAAGCCAAGGCUUUCCACGACUACAGUGCCGCUGCCGCUCCGAGCCCUGUGAUGGGUAACAUGCCCCCCGGAGACGGGAUGCCCGGAGGCCCGAUGCCCCCCGGAUUCUUUCAGGGCCCCCCAGGGUCACAGUCUUCUCCUCACGCUCAGCCUCCUAACAGCAUGAUGGGACCUCACGGCCAGCCCUUCAUGUCUCCUCGUUUCGGAGGAGGACCGAGACCCCCCAUCAGAAUGGGUAACCAGCCUCCAGGUGGCGUCCCUGCAGCACAGCCCAUGCUCCCCAACAUGGACCCCCGACUACAGGGUCCGAUGCAGAGGAUGAAUGUACCCAGAGGAAUAGGGCCAAUGGGCCCAGGGCCCCAGAAUUUUGGGGGGGGGAUGAGACCCCCACACAAUUCGAUGGGGCCUGGAAUGCCUGGAGUUGCCAUGGGACCAGGGAACGGCAGACCACCGUGGCCUAAUCCAAACGCCAACAACAUGCCGUACUCCUCACCCUCACCUGGUGCUUAUGGGGGCCCUCAGGGUGGUGGACCACCAGGCACCCCAGGAAUAGUCCCGAGCCCUGCAGCUCUUGUACUUUCAGACUCAAACAAUUCGAGUGAGAACUUGUACACUAUGAUGAACUCUGGAGGAGGAAGAACCAACUUUCCAAUCGGUCCGGGCUCAGAGGGGCCCCUUGGAGCCAUGGCUGGAAUGGACCCCAUGCACAUGAAUGGUGGUUCUGGAGAUUUGGAUGGACUUCCAAAGAAUUCUCCAAACAACAUGAGUAACAUGAGUAAUAAUUUGGGAACCCCGAGAGACGACGAUGCAGGAGGUAGUUACCUGCACUCUUUUCAAAAUGAGAAUCAGUAUUCUCCAUCUAUGACCAUGAGUGUCUAAACCAUCAUGGAAGAGAAGUUCAUUACAGAGAUGGAGAAAUAUGUACAGGUUUUUGGGGCCGAGUGUUACCGUCUCUUUUUGCCAGUCUGCAUUAUCCCCCCUCCCAUUUACUUAUUUUUCUUAUAAACAAGCCCCAACCACUGCCCCACUGUCACCUUAUUACCCCCAACCACCACCUCUUAAAAAUCCUGAUCCACUUGAUCAAAAUGUGACACGAAACUCCAAGGACAAAACAGACUUUUUCUCCUAGAGUACAGACUUUAUACUAGAUCACUGUUCACCUUGGAGCUGCCAAAACCUCUGAGGAACAAAAUCCUUCAUUACUUUGCUCAUUCCCAACCUCGCCCUUCUAGAUUGCUCGUCAUCCACAGCUUUUUAUCAACUGCCCGUCUCAACUGCUGGUCCUCAACUGCGGCUCAUCUUUUCAUCAACUGAUCAUCGUCCUACUCUGGUUUACAGAUCUGAAAGGCUGAUGCUGAGAUUAAUUAUACGAGGUUUUGUCCCCACUCCUAUGCUUCAUCAGCUUGGCCACAUGUCCCAAUGAGAGCUCUGUUCCUCUCUAAAGGUCCAGAUUCACCACCAUCUCUCAGUAAAUUUGUUCCUUGUUAAGUAUUACAGCUGGUUUGAUGAAGAACUGCUCAUAUUUUUUACACUGAUGAUUUCCUUUUUCUGCACUGAUUCAUUUUCAUAAUUACUGUUAAACUCUACAUAAAUGUAUCGUACUUGUCCGAUGGGAGACGACCGUAAACUACCUACAAACGUUCAAACUAUGAAGCUCCGCCCCUUUUCUCUUUCUGCGUGUCACUGAUGUGUUGGGCCGUUGUAGCAUCGAUUUCUGUAAUGCUGAAUUUGUGCUGUAACUCAUAUCACCUGAUUUUUUGAUGUUAUUAUGUUUUUUUAAUCAACCAUGUGCCUCAAUAGUUUUAUUUUGAUAUUUGAGUCUGAAGACCCAUAGUAGCUUCACUCUCCUGAUGGAGACUUGUGAAUCGGACCCAAGCGUGAGUGUUUAAACAAUUUGCAGGUAAUUUUAUGUUAGUUUUGCUGGAGGAGAGCAUCAGGCUCACUGAUAGAUAAUUAACUUAUAAUAUUUAUAUCUUCCUUUAGUUUCAAUUUCACACUUGCAACCUGCUUUACUGCUUUUACCAGCUUGUACAUCAUAGUUUGGGCAAAAUGCUUGUUUAUAUAUUGACAACUAAAUUAUUUGGCUCCCUCCUGUGUGUCCUGUUCUUUUCUUUAAAAAAACAGUUUGUAUUAUAUGUUUACACACACUUGUAAUGACAUUUGAAUGCAUUUUGAGAUUUCAACAAUUUGUCCAACUUUUUCUGUUAAUGAUUUGAGCACAUCAAUUUGGGUUCUUUGAUAAGUUUGUUUUGUGUUUUCUGAAAAUAUGCUGUGUGAAAAAUGUACUGAUAAGACAAAACAUUAGAGACUCCACCUUCCACACAAAAAAUAUGCAUGGCAAUAAAUUGUGAGAUCCUUUUUAAGAUUUA